AUGGUUCUUGGAGAAAAAGGCAAUAAAGAAAGCGAUUUGGAUCCCCCUUUCCUAUCAACUCCCUUGUGGAAAGGGCAUGUUGAAAUCAGAGGCAAGUGCACUCUGAAAGAAAGAGCAUUUUGGAACUUUAUAAUGGAAGGGACAACGACAAUGCUGAAAAAACCACGUAUGUACAUUUUAUUCUGUAACAUGUUCAUCCGGUUAGAAGUCAUCUUUAAAGGAUUACAAAUGGCCUGCACAAGAGAGGAUUUCAAGACCUUCAAGCUUGGAGAGUAUAUUUCAACAACAAUUGUUGGUGCUUGGGCGAUGCACUUGAAUUUUAGAUUCCACAGCUUGAAUAAAAAUAAGAAUAAAUUUUGCUUAACAACUAAUGUCAUGAUGGGAUUGUCCUUACAAGCUAUGAGUAACAGAGAUGCGAAGGAAUAUGUGAGGGAUGCAACUGCAAGGAUGGAUUUCGAGUUCACAGAAGAAUGGCUUUCACAGCAUGAUAUCAAGAAUAUCAGCCAUCUUAUUGUCCCAGUCUAUUUUCAGACUCAUUUCUACCUCUACUGUUUGGACUUUGAAAAUAAAAAACUAGGCAUUCUUGAUAACUUGGAUACAGUGUUGAGUGGAAAUGUGCCAUUGAAUAACAAGUAUGGCGGAACUAAAGAUUUCUUGAAAAAGGUAAUUAAAGAGUACAGAAAAAUGUACAAGAAACCCUUCAAGAGCCCGUUCAACAAGCUUACCUUGAAACUGGUGAACAUGCACUGCGCAGAUUCAACAAACACAACGGACUGCGGAAUAUAUGCAAUGCAUCACAUGUCAAAAUAUGUUUGUGUGCAUGCAGAUGGCCAUGAUUGCGCAUUCCCUGUGAAAGGCAGUGAUUCGAGGAAAAAUGUCCACAUGAAGAAUAAGUUGGACACUCUGCGGGUGAAGUACUUGGCCAAAUUGAUCGAGUCUCCAAUAAACUAG